AUGGUCAAGAAAUGUCAAGAUUUCCAGCGUCAUCAACAAAAUGAAGUGUUGCCUAAUGAAAAUGAUGCUGUUCCUUUAGGGUUUAUUCUGCGUUUUCAUGAAAUUACCCCUAUAAGACUAGGUGUAAUGGGUGCUGAAUGCCCUUAUUGUGGUGCUUUACACUGGAGAGAUGAAUUAUCAACAGGUAGUUCAAAAUAUUCCAACUGCUGUAAACAGGGUCGAAUUAAACUUCCUGAUUUUGAAGAACCUCCUCCAUUCCUUAAACAAUUAUUUGAGGGUCUUUCUCCCAUCGAGAAGAAUUUUAGACUGAAAAUUCGUAUGUAUAAUAGACUUUUCACCUUUACCUCCACUCGAACAAAUCAAAAUCCCAACCAAGGUUUUGCUCCUUUUAUGUUACUUGAUGCCUUUUAUCAAUUUCACGGUCCAAUGGAUCCUACGUUGGGAACAACUCCAGAUUACGCCCAAUUAAUGGUUUAUGAUCCACAAGAUGCAGCUGAUGCACGUAUUAGGACGGCUGAUGAUCUUCGCUACGGACUUGACAGAGAAAUAAUUACUCAAUUAUCUGAGAUCAUUCAUCUGGAAAAUCCUUUUGUUGGAAUGUAUAAAACUGCAUAUCAGGCAAUGAAAGAUAAUCCUGAGCUGUCAGUUAUCAUUCCUGCAAACAUGAGAUUGGUCUAUAGAAAUGGUACCGAUCCAAAUACUUACAAUUUGCCAGUGUCUGAUGAGGUUUCAAUGUUAAUCGAUAUGAGCGCCACUUCUUAUCAAUCUGCUAAUAUUAUUCUUACAUUACAGAGUUCUCAAAAACAAAUUAUCAACUGUACACAUCCUGCAUUCUUGCCAUUACGUUAUGUUUUACUAUUUCCUUCGGGUUAUAGAGGUUGGCAUCCAGGUUUAAAAUUGACCGAUGAUGGUAGGUUGUCCCAAUGCAGUUGGUAUAGGUAUCAUUUAUAUCUUCGCCCAAAUUCUACUGACCAUCUUUUUAGAUCUCAAAGGUUAUUCCAGGAGUUUUUGGUUACUGCAUGGGCUGAGAUUGAACAAAACCAGCUUGCCUACAUUCGGAAUAACCAAUCGAAAUUUCGUAUAGAUCUUCUACACGGAGUUCAAGAUGCUUUGGUGUCAGAUGCUGAUAUGUCUGAAGUUGGUCAUAAAAUCAUUCUUCCAUCAAGUAUAAUUGGAUCCCCUAGGUUUAUGCACGAGAAAUGUCAGGAUGCCAUGGCUAUAUGUAGAUAUCUUGGACAUCCGUCUUUGUUCAUUACUUUUACCGCCAAUCCUCAUUGGGAAGAGAUCAAGAGAGAAUUGUUGCCGGGUCAAGUUCCUUCAGAUGGGCCAGAUUUAGUUUGUCGGGUCUUUAAUCAGAAAUUUAAAAUAAUGCUUGACCUAAUUACUUUAGAUUUUUUUGGUAAAUGUACAGGCUUUACAUGGACAAUGGAAUACCAGAAACGAGGAUUGCCUCAUAUUCAUCUAUUGGUUUACCUAUCCAAAGAAGCAAAAGACAAUUUGAAUGAUCCCUAUGUUUUAGAUCAAGUCAUUAAUGCCGAAUUACCUGAUGCGUCGGUUUUUGUUCAAGAGUUGUUUGACAUUGUUGCAUCUUCUCUUAUUCAUUCUCCAUGUGGUGACCAUAAUACUAAUGCGAGCUGUAUGAGAUUUUCUAAUGGGACACGCCUAACACGAUCAUCUCCUACUACAACUGUCAUUGUUAAUCGUCUUCCUAUGACUGUUGGUGCAAAUUGGGUAGUUCCGUAUAGCCCUGCCUUGACUUUAUUAUUGAAUGCUCAUGUUAAUGUUGAAAUUUGCAACAACACUACCGCUAUCAAGUACCUUCACAAAUAUAUGCAUAAGGGUACAAUUAACAAGUCCCAGGGGCAAUCUUUAACUAGAGUUGGCUUGGAUUUAUCUUCAGAAGCUUUUUCUCACGGUCAAUUAUAUGUUGCACUUUCAAGGGUUACUAAAGCCUCUAAUUUGCACGUGUUUUUAGGCGAGAACAAGAGAAAGACUCAGAAUGAAGUUUAUCCUGAAAUAUUCUCACCUUAG